CUGGCGACUGCUUUUUUGGAUUCUUAAGUUCUCCGAGAACUCACCGUUAUCAUCAACACCUCCCCUCUCUCUUCCCUUCCUUUCCUUCGACAUCCCUCCCCCGAUACCCUUUCACCUCCUCAAACACACACUAAAAUACACAUCUCCAUCAUGUCUUACGGUGGUGGAAACUCCCGCGGAGGCGACUCCUAUCGCUCCCGCGGUGGCGACAACGGCUACUCUAACGGCGGUGGCUACUCUAAUGGCGGCGGUUACGGCGGCGGCGGCGGUGGUGGUUACGGUGGUGGCCGUGGCGGCUACGGCGGCGGCGGCGGCGGUGGCUACGGUGGUGGUGGUUUUGGCGGCGGUGGUGCUGGUGGUGACCGCAUGUCCAACUUGGGCGCUGGUCUCAAGACUCAGGACUGGGACAUGAACACUCUGCCCAAGUUUGAGAAGUCCUUCUACAAGGAGAAUGCCGAGGUCUCUGCCCGCUCCGAUGCCGACGUCGAGGCUUUCCGUAAGAAGCACGAGAUGACCGUCCAGGGCCGUGGCAUUCCUCGCCCCGUGGAGACCUUCGAUGAGGCUGGCUUCCCUGCUUACGUUCUCUCUGAGGUCAAGGCCCAGGGCUUCGAGCGCCCCACUGCUAUUCAGUCCCAGGGUUGGCCUAUGGCUCUCUCCGGUCGUGAUGUUGUCGGUAUUGCUGAGACCGGUUCCGGAAAGACCCUAUCGUACUGUCUCCCCGCUAUUGUUCACAUCAACGCCCAGCCUCUCCUGGCCCCCGGUGACGGUCCCAUCGUUCUCAUUCUGGCCCCUACUCGUGAGCUGGCUGUCCAGAUCCAGGCUGAGAUCAGCAAGUUCGGCAAGUCUUCCCGUAUUCGUAACACCUGUGUCUACGGUGGUGUCCCCAAGGGACCCCAAAUUCGUGACCUGUCCCGCGGUGUUGAGGUCUGCAUUGCUACCCCCGGUCGUCUGAUUGAUAUGUUGGAGGCUGGUCGCACCAACCUCCGUCGUGUUACCUACCUGGUUCUUGACGAGGCUGACCGUAUGCUCGACAUGGGUUUCGAGCCCCAAAUCCGCAAGAUUAUUGGCCAGAUUCGCCCUGACCGUCAGACCUGCAUGUGGUCUGCUACUUGGCCUAAGGAGGUCCGUCAGUUGGCCAAGGAUUUCUUGAACGACUACAUUCAGGUCAACGUUGGUUCCAUGGACCUCUCUGCUAACCACCGCAUCACUCAAAUCGUCGAGGUUCUCUCGGACUUUGAGAAGCGUGACCGCAUGAUCAAGCACAUGGAGAAGAUCAUGGAGGACCGCUCCAACAAGAUUAUCAUCUUCACUGGUACCAAGCGUAUCGCUGACGAGAUUACUCGCUUCCUCCGCCAGGACGGAUGGCCCGCGCUCUCCAUUCACGGUGACAAGCAGCAGCAAGAGCGUGACUGGGUCCUCAACGAAUUCAAGCAGGGCAAGAGCCCCAUCAUGGUGGCCACCGAUGUGGCUUCCCGUGGUAUCGAUGUGCGCGACAUUACCCAUGUCCUGAACUAUGACUACCCCAACAACUCGGAGGACUAUGUCCACCGUAUUGGUCGUACUGGCCGUGCUGGUGCCAAGGGUACCGCCAUUACCUUCUUCACCACUGAAAACUCUAAGCAGGCUCGUGACUUGGUCACCAUUCUCACCGAGGCCAAGCAGCAGAUUGACCCCCGUCUCGCCGAGAUGGUCCGCUACAGCGGUGGUGGCGGCGGUGGUGGCCGCUGGGGUGGUGGUCGUGGCCGUGGUGGCUGGGGUGGCCGUGGCCGUGGUGGCGGCGGCGGCAGCUUCACUGCCUCGAACGCUGCUCCCCUCGGCGGUGCCCGUCGUUGGUAAACAAAAAAAAACACCGGAGAGGCCCCCUCAAUUCCCAUGCCGCCCCCGUGCGGUUCAUCGGAACCGGCGCUCUGCUGCGUCCCCUGGUAGACUUCCUUUCUGUUCUUGCUUCACCUCGUUUUCCCUGCGUAAUUCGGUCCGGACGGCGUUAUUCCCUUAUGUCAUAGACAGCUUUACAUGAUUCCUAUCAGUCUCGAUCUUUUCUGCUGUGUCCACGAGCUCCUUUGGAUCUUCGUCUACAGUUCUCAGCAAAGUUUUACAGCUUGGAUCUUUCCAGGCCCAAUUCAUACUUCUUGAUUAUCUCACAAAAGUGUCUUUCCCUUCUCCUGUUUUGUUCUCCAAGGGGUUCCAUCGGCAAGUACGCCGAUGAGUUAGUGCAGAUUGUACGAGCAUAAUGGAAUAUUUGGUCAUUAUAACUUGCCUCCCGAAGCCAAAAUAUCAAUUCUGUAUUAAAGAAGUUUGUGUUGUUCUUUUCUACGGUCUUUUCUAUGACCAC